CAAAAGGUGGUGAUCGAAAAUGCGGAUAUGUCUGAGGAGAUGCAACAGGACUCGGUGAGGUGCGCGACUCAGGCGCUGGAGAAAUACAACAACGAGAUGGAUAUCGCGGCCCACAUUAAAAAGGAGUUUGACAAGAAGUACAAUCCCACCUGGCACUGCAUCGUGGGAAGGAACUUCGGUAGUUAUGUGACACACAAAAAAUACCACUGCAUCCUCUUCAACCUGGGCAAGAUGACUAUUCUGCUGUUCAAGUUUGGUUAG